GAUAGCAGCAUUGUAUGUUAUUGAGUGCUUUGCGCUGGCCUGACAACUCUGCAAUAAGGGAGAAAAAUUACAAAUAUUUGCAAACAAAUCUGAAUUAUCAGAGGAAAACAAGUUCUAAACAGAAAUGGACGACAGCGUUAUACUGCUUGACGAUUCACAAAACAGCGUGGAGAUUGUGGGGGCCGACGUGGAAGAUGGGGAGCUAGACGACGAUGUGGUGUUCGUCUAUCCCGAAGAAGUGACCAGCAAAGAGGUCGAACCUGCCGCCAAAAUUGAGGAAAAACACGCAGAUACAUCCAUUCAAGACACCACCGAAGGAGAUGCAGAUACCCUGGUUUUCGAAGUGAGAUUCAGCAAGGAAGAGCACUUCGCCAGUCUGCAGCAGCAAGUGCUAGUCGCAUUGGAAGGCGCCUUUGCAGACAACCAAGUGGUCUUCCGGGACAAUCCAAAGGAACUGGUGAUAUCAGCCUUCGAGAAGAGCAAAUCCUUUCCAGAGGAGGAGCCCCAAAACCUCUUCCUGAUCGACACGCAGCCAGCGGCCAAGCUGAAUGCCGCACACGUUCCCUCCUACAAGCGCUGCAGUACCGACAUCCUGGACGAGCAGACAGCGGAACGGAAGAAACUCAAGGCCGAGGCGGUCAACAAGUGCUUCCGACCCAAGGCGCAGUCCUCGUGCUUCAACUGCGGCGACACAGAUCACUCCCUGCGCGAUUGUCCCAAGCCCAGAAACAAUGCUAGGAUAAUGCGCGCUCGCAAGAAGAUUAGCAGCCGCACCGAGCGCUAUCACGUCGACACAGAGCAGCGGUUUGGUCACAUACGCCCCGGAAGGAUUAGCACUAAGACCCGCCAUGCCAUGGGCUACAGUCGCGGCCAGUUGCCAUUCAUUUUCUACCGCAUGAGAGUACUGGGCUAUCCGCCCGCUUGGUUGGAGGAGGCCAAGGUGCAGAGCUCGGGCAUAGCUCUGUUUAAUGCAGAUGGUACAGAAGUUACAAAAUCCGACGACGAAGACGGAGAGUCUGACACCUUCAAAUAUGACAUCAACAAAAUAGUGGAGUAUCCCGGCUUCAACGUCCAGCCUAAUGCCAAAUAUUUCGACGACUUUAAGCACCACAAUGUACCGCCAUUCCACGAGAGCCAGUCCAAGGCGAACUUCAUCAAAUCUCUGGGCGAAAACGUGAUCAACGGUUACAAACGCAAGAAGCUAGUGGAUUUGCCUGCUCCACACGACAGCGUUUCCGUGCCCAGCGAGGAGCUCACCAGCUUUGAUGACUACGACAUGGAACUAGAAGACGAAACAGAGGGUCCUCCACUGCCACUAUCAGUGCCCCCGCCGCCACCACCUCCACCGGAAGAAUGCGAGGAUAGCGAACUGACAGCGCGCUCACCAUCUCCAAGUCUGGAAGAUUUGAAGGCCCAGCAGGAGAAGCUCCUCCAAGAGCUGGAGGGCAACACGUCGCAUAACACGACGGCGAAUGAAUCGAAGUCACAAACCGACCUGGAUGACACGUCAGAGAUGGAGGUUGCGCCAUCUGAUGCCGAGUCCGGAAAUACUGGCCAGUCCAUAUCAGCACCCUCGACUCCCUUUAAAGCGUCUUAUGAGGGCACGCCGUUGCUGAAGUUCUCCGUUUACGAUAGACUGCCUGUGGGCAGUAACUUUAAGGCGGGCGUCAGCGAUGUGAUCAACUUUGAAAACCUGCCCGACUCCACGGGAAAGUACGAACAAAUGAAGGGUCUGCUAAAGAACGUCCGCGAGAAGAUGGUAAAACUGCAGAACGAGAACUGACGAGUCCAGCGAAAAGAGAAUACAAACCACAUCAAUGCCCGCCCACCAAAUGUUCAUAUUGAAUAUUUUAAAGCCUCUUGUACAAAGGAAAUACACACGGAAAGCGGUUCGUUUCCAAAGUCUUUU